AUGGCGUACGCAGAAGGCGCGCCCGCCGCUACGGCAGCCCCAGCCCUGCACGACGACCUCGACAAGCUGCUGCAGGUGCUGCCGCCUUUCCUGGGGGCCCACCUGGAGGCCCACCCCAGGCGCUCCGAGCUGCUGGAGAUUGUGCUCGACCUAGGGCGCCGCCCGGAGGCCCGCUUCGCCAGCGGCACCUAUGAGUACCUGUCAGACCAUGAGGUGACACGGGACGAGCUGGAGGCCGCCGCCAGCGCCGUCGGCGAUUUUGGGAGCGACAACAGGGCGGGUGUCCCCAGCACGCUGCACCGCAUCAGCGCGAUCCGCAACCGCCGCGGCGGCGUGGUCGGGCUGACCUGCCGCGUGGGGCGCGCGGUGACGGGGCACGUGGAGAUGAUCAAGGACAUUCUGACAGCCAGCACGCCGGUGCUGUUCCUGGGCCGGCCGGGCGUCGGCAAGACGACCGUCAUCAGGGAGAUCGCGCGCGUGCUGUCCGAGGACCUGGGGAAGCGCGUCGUAAUCGUGGACACAUCCAAUGAGAUCGGCGGGGACGGGGACGUGCCGCACCCGGCGAUCGGCGCGGCGCGGCGCAUGCAGGUGCCAGACGCGGCGCGGCAGCACCACGUUAUGAUUGAGGCC